AGAGAUAUUGCUGAAUGUCCCACACGCUGAUCGAAGCAUUAGACGAUGAGAGAGAAACAUCUGUGAUUCAGAAGAUUCUAGAGGAGCAUCCAGAAGAAGCAAGCCAACCAAAUGAAGAGAAAAAAGUGGCGAUUCACUAUGCAGCUGCCAGCGGAGACUUGAAAACUUUGAAACUAGUAUUUCUUGCAGACAGGUCACUAUUGGAUGUUAAAGAUGCGACUGGCCAGACGCCUCUACUCUGCGCUUUGAUGGCCGGGAAAAUAGAAAAUGCAGAUUUCCUAGCCAACACUGGUGCAGACGCAGAAUGCCAUGAUGAACAGGGAAGAAAUGCUUUGCAUUGGGCAGUUGUAUGUGGUCAGCUAGACUCAUUGAACUGGGCAAUCAACAAGAACGUCGAAGUUAAUGCAAAGGAUCAAUAUCAACGCUGCACACCACUUCACUACGCCACUUGCUCCGAGGACAUCGCCCCAGAAGUCUCCCAAGCCAUACUCAUAACCCUUCUGAAACAUGGCGCCGAUCCGAAUGCCAUCGACGCAGAUGACCGUACUCCUAUCCACUGGUGCUCCAGCAAUGGAAAUCUGGAAGCUAUCAAAGCCCUGUACAAUUCUGGAGGCGAUUUAUUGUGCAGGGAUAAGGAGCACUUGACAAUUCUCCAUUGUGCAGCUAGUCAUGGAUAUCAUGAAGUUAUCGAGUUUGCUCUGAAGCAUGUGAAUAAGCCAUUUAUCGAUGAAAUCGACAGAGCUGGUCACACAGCUCUUUUCUAUGCAAUUUCCUUUGGGCACUAUGAAUCAGCGCUGAAGCUUCUUCAAAACAACGCAAAUCCGAAUCAUCAAGAUCAAAGGCUUGCCACAGCGGCUCACAGUGCUGCAUCGAAAGGGCAAAUGAGAAUGCUGAAACUUCUGAAACAGUUCAACGCAUCCUUCGAUAUUCAGAAUUAUAGAGGGGAUCUUCCGUUUCAUGAAGCAGUUCAAGCCGGGAGCAAAGAUGUUGUUGAGUGGCUUCUGGCGGUCGAUGAAUCUGUCUUGGAUAUUCCGAAUCAUAACGGAAGAACUGCUAUCCACCUGGCAGCGUCUGUAGGAAACCUGGAAAUGGUUAUUUUAUUGUGUACUAAAAAAUGUUUUGUGGAUCCGCUGUGCAGUAGAGAGAAAGAAAUUUUCACUCCACUUGACCUGGCCACAAAACAAAACCACGUAGUCGUCGUGGAGUACCUGACAAAACUAUGCAGAGCAAAAUCCAGCAAAGAGUUCUCGCCAGAGUACAUUGAAAAUUGGAAGACCAACUUUGAGGCGAUGGUUGCGGAGGCUAGACGCAAACGAAAUGAGUUAAAAGCUGAACAGAAGAAACAAAGAAGACCGUCGACUAGCGACGGAAUUGUGGAAACCGAGAGGAAGAAGGAAAUCGCUGAUGUCGGAGUCAAUACGUCGCAACGAAGCAUAAAAUCUGCCGAUUCAAACGCUCCAAAACGAAAGUACUCCAAGUCAACUUCUGUGACAAACUUGACAGAAAUCCCAUCGAUCCCUAAAAAGGAGCUGGAGGCACUGAAAGAAUCCAUUGAAAACGGGCAGAAAUUCGUAGAUGAUGAUGCCGAAGAUCAUCUAGACAUUUUAGAUGUUGACGACGAGUUUGAGAACCUACCGCCAAUCUCCGAUUUGUCCGAGUCCAGCACCUCAACUGAUAAUGAUUCGGAGGAAGAUAAAAGUGAUGACGAAGACGUGGAAAGAAAGGUUACUGUACAGGAGACAAAGGCUACCGUACCAUUAGCUGCUGCAAAGAAAACGAGGAAAGAAGUGCGGAUAGAAUCUGGAAGUAAUAAGAAAAAGAAAUCAGCCUCAAAAUCCCGCGGCAAUGUGGUGAUGCGUGUUCGAAGGGAACCCGAAGUUGGCAGUGACACGGGUGACGUGGAUAUCUACGAUGAUGGAGACGGGCGGCCUAGCGAUGAUGAAGAGGAAAAGAAGCCGAAUGACAAGGAGACCGCCUCAACGCCUACAAAUCGUCGAUAUAUUCACGAACGGGCGAUUUUCCAGGAGUUGACCCAUUUAAAACGAAUGCAAAUUCAGUAUGGAAAGGUACUGAUUGCAAGAAAGAAUGCGAGGGCGCUUUUUCGCAACUACUACCAUCCCGGCACGGAACAGGUGCAAGAAAAAGUUCUCGUCCGUUCCCUAAUCUCGAAUUUUUGCAAAAUGCACAACCUAGACGUUCGCAAUUUCAAAUUCACAACUUUCUACGCCUGGGAACGGUUUCUAUAUGAUGCUCUUUCCGAGCAGCUUAAGAUCAUAUAUUUGGAGGAGCGGGAACGACUUUCUGAGACGAAUAGUGAAAUGAAGCCCAGUGGUUCUAUGAAGUUGAAUAAAUUUGACUCAAAAAUCCGCAACAGUGUUCCAAUAAACGACAAGUUCCAUGACAUGCAACGAAUCUACACCCACGCUGCAAUAACCCAAAAAUCGACCGGAAAACCACGUGGCAAGAGUGCAAAGCCCAUCGAGAGCUCCAGGAAGCGAAUUACAAGACCCUGGUAUUGAUAUAUUUGUGUAGUCGUUGUUCUAGUAUUAUUAUUCACCACUUAUUCUUCUUGGCACUAUUUAUUAUUUUCAUCUCGGUUUUGCUCACACUAACCCCGAGAUGAUGACGAAUGGAACGCAUAUCGUGUGAAUAAUCAUUUUUUUUUUUUGAAUAUUUCUAUUUAUUUUAUUGAAUUAGUUUAUUUGGUUAAUGUGUAUCAUUAUUUGAUAGCUAAUAAAGAAUUUAAUCAA